AUGCGCUGCUCGCGGUUGUAUCGUCGGCAAAUGAGGCCGUACUACAAUCUCCCCUCCAAGUCGGAUCACGGGCGAAAGAUGACGGGCUUUCUCACGCCCUACCGCCAUUGGAUGUGGAAGCAAAAUGAAUUGUGGCGCAAUGUUCACGAGGCGCAGUUUGAACAUCUACGAAAAGUGUACAAGCGCCAGUGGCUCGAGUCGUUCCGUGUCAACGCGGAUGAAUACAUCUACAAGUACAACAUCACCAAAGCAGCCCAACUGGCUCAGUGGGAGUACGAGAUGCAAGAGCAGGAAAAGAAGCGUGUAGAGUCAAAGCAAAUGACGGAAGGACGACAAGCACUCAAGAAGAAACACUUGGACUUACUGCGAGAAUUUCACGAGAGGCAAUUCUUCUUUUGGUAUGAACGCGCUAGUGAAAGGCUCCAAAGUAUGAGUCUCAUUCAGUACAUUCCACAGUCAAAACUGCAGGAGCAUAUUGAGAAAGAGUUGGACAAAUACGUCGCUGGGAAGAAUGAGGUGUACCCACUAAACUUCGUCGGACAAAUGCCGUUGGUAGAAGACCACGACGGCAAUAUCGUGGAGGUGCCCGAGAGUCUCCUCGUGAACCAUGUCUCAGAGCACCCCGACUCUACAGCCAAACCUCAUCAGCCCCAUGAGAGCACUUCCGUCAGCGGCGAGGAGCAAUUGCUGCGCACCAUGGCAAGUGCGAGAGAGGAAAGUCUGGAGGAAUGGCUUGAGGAUGACUCAAGAGCACUCUCUGAAACGAUUGACGACAUUUCCCGCGAGGAGGAGCAGAGAGAUGAAGGCACUCGAGUGGCGCGCAGCAUGGAGGAAACCGAGAGCGAGCGUGAGAUUAGUCGCCGUAUGUACAUUGACCGUGGAAAAACGGGUUCAAAGGCUAUUUUCCGUCGUCCAAGUGUAACUGAAACCGGCGGCAGCACUGCCUCUGUGGCAGCUGGUGGUGGAACAUCAGCUACAGGCACAAAUACACCGAUGAGGCGUCGCAAGAAGGGGAAGCUGGACAAGGUGCAUGUUCUGCAGGAGCAGCAGGAUGCCUUGCUCGCCAAGCUGUCUGCUCGGAGUCUUAAGGAGGGUGAAAGUGCAUCCACACUCGGGAAGCGUGGGGAGAUUGUGACGAACCGAGGCCGCAUUCGUGACAAGGCAGCAAUACCUACAAAGGAAAUAUUGAUGCAAAACCCCGAAUUGGCAGCCGGCAGUGUGCCAAACGCACGUGUUAGUGUACAGGACAAGGUCGACCAACUGUACCACCGCGGCAGGUACAAGCAGAAGAAGGGUGGUGAAGGGGAUUCAAAUGAAGAUCUUUAG